AUGGAUGUGGUGGGAAUCUUUAUCUCUCCAUUGCUUCAAGCUGUGAUUGACAAGUUGUUGUUCUCUGAUUUAAUCAACUUGGCGCGUCGUGAGGGUGUCGACACUUCCAUCAAGAAGCUGAAGAAGUCAUUUGAAGAUAUAAACGAUGUACUUGCUGAUGCAGAGGAGAAGCAGAUAUCCAACAGGGCUGUCAAUAGGUGGCUGAAAGAGCUCCAGCAUUUGGCUUACGAUGCGGACGAUGUGCUGGACGAGUUUGCCACUGAAGCUCUACGCAAGAAGCUGAUCAGGGCAGAGACUGAUGCUGAUGUUGAUGUUGGUGAGGCCAGCACAUGUAGGAAGGUACGACGAUUCCUCCUUUCUACUUGUUGCACUGGUUUUACUCCAACUACGAUUUCAUUUAAUUUCGCAAUUGAGUCCAAGUUGAAGGAGAUCAAUGGUCAGUUACAAGAUGUUACUACAAGAAUUAAGGAACUUGGUUUGGUCAAAAAGGCUAUUGGGGGGAUGAAGUCUACAAAUGUGUGGCAGAGACCAGAAACUACAUAUUUGGUGAAAGAGCCUUGUGUUUAUGGUAGAGAAGAAAAGAAAAAACAGAUUAUUGAAUUGCUUCUCAGAGAUGCAGCAACUCAAAACAAAGUCGAUGUCAUUCCCAUCACCGGCAUGGGUGGGAUUGGCAAGACUACUCUGGCUCAACUCAUUUGCAAUGAUAAUGGUGUCAAAAGCCAUUUCGAUCUGAAAGCGUGGGUUUGUGUAUCUGACGAGUUUGACAUUAAGAGAAUAACAAAGGCAAUUUUGGAUGAAUUCAAUCUUGAUUCAUGCAAUUCGACAGAGUUAAAUACCCUUCAACGUAAACUUGAGGACAAACUGGCAGGAAAAAAGUUUUUGCUUGUCCUAGAUGAUGUGUGGAACUAUAGAGAUGAAGAGUGGAGUUCACUACAAUCUCCGUUUCGAGCUGCAGCACAUGGAAGUAAAAUCAUUGUGACAACGCGAAUCACGACUGUUGCACGACAGGUGGGUACAAUUGAACACCACGAUUUGAAAGAGUUAUCACCUGAUGAUUGCUGGUCAAUCUUUGCCCAACAUGCAUUCAAGAAUAUAAAUAUUAGUGAACAUCCAGAAUUGGAAUCAAUUGGUAGGCAAAUUGUUGCUAAGUGCGGAGGCUUGCCACUGGCAGCAAGGGCCCUCGGUGGCUUAUUACGUGACCAAAAGGAGCAUAAAUGGAAAAUGGUACUAACUAGCAAUAUAUGGGAUAAACCAUACGAGGAAAGUCGCAUUCUCCCAGCACUGAAAUUGAGCUAUCAUCAUCUCCCUUCCCAUUUGAAGAGGUGCUUUGGUUAUUGUGCAAUUGUCCCAAAGGAUUACGAAUUUGGGAAGGAUGAAUUAGUCUUGUUAUGGAUGGCAGAAGGUUUAAUUGAACACCCAGAAGGUGGAGAACAAAUAGAAGAUGUAGGCCGCAGGUAUUUUCACGAAUUGGUGUCUAGGUCAUUUUUCCAAUGGUCAAGGCAUGAUAAAUUGCUAUUCAUAAUGCAUGACCUCAUCAAUGAUUUGGCUCAAGCAGUUACAGGGGACAUCUGUUUUAGGUUGGAGAAUAAUUUAGAGGGUGUCAAGCAGAACAAGAUUUCAGACAAAGCUCGACAUUCAUCUUAUGUUGGUAGCGAAUAUGACGAAAUUAGAAAAUUCAAAGCUUUUGAUGAUGCCAGAUGCUUACGAACCUUCUUAGGGUUUUUGCCGAAUACAUUAAACUACACAACAAGGUACUUGAUUCAUGAGUUGUUGCCAAUGUUAAAGUGCUUACGUGAGUUGCGUUUGUGUUGUUGUGGUGGGAUAGAUGAACUACCAGAUUCCAUUGGAGAUCUAAAGCAUCUACGGUACCUUGAUGUAUCCCAUUCUCGAAUUAGGAAGUUACCUGAGUCGGUGGUAACUCUCUACAAUUUACAAGUCUUGUUUUUGAAAUUUUGUGAUCAACUUCAGAAGUUGCCUCUAAACGUGGGGAGGCUAGUGAACUUGCGCCAUUUUGACAUGACUGGCACGCAUAUUCCAUCAUCAGAAGAGAUGUCACUACAUAUAGGUAAAUUAACUAAUCUCCAAACAUUGUCAAAUUUUAUAGUGGGUAAAGAUCGUGGGCGUAAAAUAGGAGAGUUGAAAAACCUAUCACAUAUUCAAGGGGCAAUACACAUAUCAAGAAUGGAGAAUGUCAGUAGUGUUAAGGAUGCAGUGGAUGCCAAUUUAAUGUCUAAGGAGGAGUUAAAAGAGUUAUCACUAGAAUGGGAUAAAUCUCAUAGUUCACAAAAUGACAUAGUUGAGAGGGAUGUACUUGACGUGAUGAGGCCUUUCAAAUUUUUGGAAGAACUCACCAUCAGUGGGUAUGGUAGUACAAAAUUUCCAAAUUGGGUUGGAGAUGUUUCAUUCUCUAAAAUGGUAUUCAUGCGAUUAAAAGGUAGUAAAUAUUGCACAUCUUUGCCACCACUUGGACAACUACCCUUGCUUAAAGACCUUUACAUUGAAGGAAUGAGUACAAUAAAGCGCCUAGGUUGUGAGUUCUAUGGGCAGCAGUGUGGUGCCAAACCUUUCCCCUCUCUAGAGAGACUGAGCUUUGAGUUUAUGACAGAAUGGGAGGAUUGGUCUGCUUUUGAAACAGAGGGAGUUCAGCCGUUCAGUCAUCUCAGUGAGCUUUCCAUCAUAAAGUGUCCCAAACUUAUUGGAAGAUUACCAAAUGAUCUUCCUUGUCUCAAUUCUCUCAAAAUUGAUGGUUGUCCUCAGUUGUUGAUUGAUGUUUCGAGCCUCGUUCGGCCAUCACUUGCAUCCUUGUCAAUGAAUAAUGUUAUGCCCCCAAGCCUUCCAGCACUCUUAGGGACGAAGAACACGAUUGAACUUGGUUCCCUCACCUCGGAUAUUAGCCAUGUUACAGUUCCCGACUCCCUCUGCGAUCCAAGCACAAUUGAUGAGGAGUUACUGGCUACUGAAAUGUCUAAGCAUUUGACUUCAAUAACUGCUUUGAGCAUUUCUCAUGUUGAAAAAUUGGCGUUCCUACCGACAUGGUUUACUCGAGAUUUGAUGGGACUCGAGAAAUUGGACAUUAGUAACUGCGAAGAACUCAUAACAUUGUGGCAGAAUAAGGUGAGAACACAAGUAUGUCUCCCUUCCCUCUGCCAUUUGCAGAUUUCUGAUUGUCCCGAACUCGUUUGCUUGUUUGAAGAAGAGCAAGAAAAAGGAGGAGAAGGUUCGAAAGAGCAGCAACAUGAGGGGCUGCCUUGCAUGACGAGACUCGAGUAUUUAACAAUUGAAGAGUGUGGAAUGCUGAAGAAACUGCCACAAGAUCUGCACACAUACACAUCUCUUGGGGUGCUUAGAAUCUGCAAUUGUGCAAGUCUGAUCUCUUUUCCAAUGAAAGGUUUGCCAUCUAUGCUGAGAGAACUUGGGGUUUCAGGGUGUGAUGCUUUGGAAUCCCUACCCGAGUUGAUGACACUCAAUAAUCUGCAAGAGUUGAAGGUUUUUAACUGUGCAUCACUCACAUAUUUAUUGUCAAGAGGUGGGCUACCAUCCACACUAAAACAACUUCGGAUUGAGUGGUGUAAAAAUCUGGAGUCGGUUUUUGCAGAGGAAGGGAUCAAAAUUGAUUGUCCAUCUCUUGAAACUAUUGAAAUUGGGUAUUGCUGGAGUCUCAAAUCUUUACCUGAAGCCAAUAAUCUCAAGAAUCUCAGUCAAUUGCUGAUAUUCAAUUGUUCUAAUCUGGAGCCCCUGUCACUUGGUGGUCGUGAUGAGAACAACAACAUCAACCAACUCACUUCGCUUCAAUACCUGUGUUUAGUUGAUUGCAGAGCAGAAAUGGUCUCCUACUUUGUGAAGGAAGGGAGUUGGAAG